AUGGCCCUCCGCGCGCUCGACAACACGCUGCCGGCCGCCGUGUCGGAGCGGCCCAAGAAGACCGCCAAGCUGUCGGCGCCCGCCGUCGCCGCCGUGGCCCCCUCCCCCGCGGAGGGCGGCGGCAAGAAGCGCAACGACGAGAACGCGGCGCCCAAGGCCAAGCCCACGUCGCCGGCGGCGGUGGAGCAGGCCGUGGAGUACGUCCGCUCCGAGGAUCUGCAGCCGGUGGCCGGCCCCAAGGCGCGGGCCGCCGGCCUGGUCGCCGAGAUCGACUCCAAGGACUGGGUGAAGGUCUGCGAGGCGCUCAACGACGCGCGCCGGCUCGCCAUCCACCACCCCGCGCUCCUCGCCCCGAUCCUGGAGAAGGUGGUGCUGGCGGUGGUGAAGACGAUGAAGAACCCGCGCAGCGCGGUGCUGAAGACCUCCGUGAUGGCCUGCACGGACGUGUUCAACGCCUUCGGCAACCUCAUCUCCUCGGCCUCCGCGGACGCCUUCGACAAGCUGCUCCUCCAGCUGCUCCUCAAGGCGUCGCAGGACAAGCGGUUCGUGGCGGAGGAGGCCGAGAAGGCGAUGCGCGCCAUGGCCACGUCCAUGCCGCCCCUGCCGCUGCUCAGGAAGCUCAAGGCGUACGUCCACCACGCCAACCUCCGGGUCCGGGCCAAGGCCGCCGUCGCCAUGGCGCACUGCGUUGCUAGGAUGGAGAUCGAGACUAUGAAGGAGUUCGGGCUGUCGGCGCUGCUGCAGGUGUCGGCGGAGCUGCUCAACGACCGGCUGCCGGAGGCGCGCGAGGCCGCCCGGAGCAUCGUGAGCUCGACCCACGCCGCCUUCUGCAAGGAGGCAGCCCUGAAAGAUGACAAGCAGCAGGAGGAGGUCGAGUCGGCCAUGAAAGAUGACAAGCAGGAGCAGGAGGAGGAGAAGUCGGCGGUGGACGCGGCCUGGGAGAGCCUCUGCGCGCUGAGCCUGUCGCCCAUCUCGGCGCUGGCCGUCGCCAAGAUCGUCUCGCAGUCGUAG